AUGGCGAUGGUCUCUAAUGAACAACGAUUCAAGCCAGAGAAGAAGGAAAACGUUAAAAUUAACGUUCGUUAUAGAGAAAUAGACAAUCGUUAUUGGUGUUAUAUGUGUUGGUUGGGCUCAUUGUGGACCAUUCGAGAAAUCUAUCGCCUUCAAAAUCAACCAGCAACCGCUGAGAGAGAGAGGGAGAGAAUAGUGCUUAUACUCUCAGUUCUCCCUACUUCAUUAUUAGCGCAUAUUAUACGCAUAUCUUCUGGAGUGCUUGCACUAUUGCACUAUUCGGCAUAUUUCACUGGUAUUGCACGCAUAACUUCUGGAUUGCUUAUAGAUGUGUAUUCGGAUUUAAUGAUAUGGCAAAGUCGGCUGUGUGCAGUGGUUAUUUGCAAGGCUUCUUCCUGGAAAUGGAAUCGAUCUGGAGGAUCUCGUUCAAACUUACCAAAGAAGGUUGAUGCAUGCGUAUCGAUCCAAAUUUGUGGACAAUCAGGUUCUCUCAUGCGCAGCAAAUUGCAACAUUUAGCAAAUUCAAAUAUGGGGGGUCUACCAAUUCCUGGGGUUAAACAUCGGCAAAGAAUUAUACAACAUCGCAAAAGAAAUGAACGUGAAUCAAUUAAGCGCCUACAGAGGCAUCGAGCUACGUCGCCAUUUCCUUCAACAUCGCUUGAUGAAGAUGCAACAACAGCUCCAUUAAUUAACUCGGCGUUGGAUUUACCGCCAGUGAUAGAAGUGAAGGUUUUGCGUUCGUCGGAAGGCUUGAUUAUUGUUGAAUAUUCGAAAGAUGAUAUCAAUUAUACGGGUAUACUUCUGGCCGAGAACACUGUCGGCGGUGCGCCAGGAAUAAUGCGUGAAGAGAUGUCAAAAUUUAGAGAAACUAUAAAUUCUUACGUAGAUUCACCAGCGAUAGACCAGUGGACUUCUGUUCUUGCUGAAAGAUUUACUCCUGGUUUUCAGCUACGCGAUCGUUGCUUUAUGCGUACCUUUGGUCGUAUGGUCUGUGCUGCUUGUAUGGCACCAGUACCAGAUAAUGAAGCGAUCCCUCGACGGCAUUUUACGAAUCCUAACGCGAGAAAAUUACUGUGUAAGCCACAGCAUAGGUAUCAAGUUGUCGCGCAAAUGUCAUCGCCUCCUAAUGCAAGUGGGAUCGAUGAUGCAAAUGAAGAAAAUGAGAAUAGACAAAUGUCGUCAAAGGUUUUCCACGCUGCCCAUCAUUUAAAUGAAGAAGAAAUGAAUAAAUCGAAAUCAGAUAGUGGAAGUUCUGUUGAAGAAAACAUUUAUCAAGAUGGAUUAUAUUCACCUGGACCAUCUGAUUUGGUGAAAGAAUAUGGCCAGUAUGGCGAAACAAGCAAGACGCAUUAUGGAAAAAAUGCAAUAACACCUUCAUCGAUAAAAACGGAAGAUAUUGCUGAGUAUUCAACGAAUGUCUCGCCGACGAAGAUUGUUGCUGAUACAGAAACGAAUCAAAUGCGGUUUAAUUGUGAAACGCUUUCUCCUGCAUAUAUCAUCCGAAAAAGUGAUGGCAACGCUCUUCAUAUGACUUUUGUUCGGCAGUCAAAAAGUGGCAUUUCUGGCGAUCAACGGAUACAACGGGACUGUAAUGAAGGGGAUUCAAAGGCUGGCACAGCUACAGCUCAUAUACAUCAAGGUGCUCCACUUCUUGUUACUCGAGAUACAUCGCAGAUUGUUUCACCACGGCCAAAUUUAUCUUUUCACUCUUCCGAACAGCCAAUGCUGAAUUGUGUUUCGGAGAGAAAACUAUCUGCACUCAGUUUUUCUGGAUCAAGCGUUAUGAAUCGAGUCGGAUCUAAGCCUUCGGUUUCGUCAGAAAAAUCUAUAGUUCAUCCUAAUCUGCCAUCGUUUUUAUAUGGUGAACAAAGUGGUAACUGUUCAAGAAAAUUUUCAAAUAUGGUGGCACAGUCAACGCACAGUGAAGAAAUAAUUAAAAGAAAGUCGAAUUCUAUUUGUUCACCGCAAGACAUAUUGUGCUUACAGGAAGAGAAAUCGGAUAAACAAAUGCCAUCAUCUUUAAGUUCUGGCCAUUGUUUCAUUUCCAACCAAAUCACUGAAACUGUGCCACAGAAUGAAGGAAUCAGAUCGUUAUCAAACAAUCAGGAAUAUCCUCCGAUAAAAAUUAUUCUGAAGCCAGUUCAAAAAAAUUUGCCGUCUCACCACAAUAACUUUGAUUCACCAUCCAUCGCUAUAAACAAUGGGAGCGCAAUAGAAAUGGAACAGUCAACUCGACAGUAUGGAUGCCCACUCAUGACUGUGGAUUGUAUUGUUUUGAACGAUGGAAGAAAUAGAAACGAUGGAACAAGCAUUCGAAAAUUGAGAAGAUUACCGGUAAGAGCUAAGCAGUUCAGUGGAUUUGCAGAUUUGUCAUCAAAAGUAAAAAAAUAUGAUACGAGAAUAACCACAAAUUCGGACGUAUUUAACUGGCCAGAUAAUGAGAAUGAUGAUAACGAUGAAAUUAUACCAACGAAGCAAGAAAAUCCAUUAGGAUUGGUUCCUGAAGAUGUAGUUUGGGCAAAAAAUCGUACUGAAGCUUUUUGGCCUGGUCGUCUCCAUGGAUUUACUAGAGAAAACGGUAAAAUUGGUGCUUCUAUCGUGUGGUUUAAUCCAAAGCGUGCUGAACCAACUUAUCAUAGAGCAGUUGCUGAUAGCAUUAUUGCCAAUCUUCCUGCAAAAGGAUAUUUCGAGCAAAAACUUUCCCCUCAAGUAUUCAAAAUACUUUUAAGAUCACGUAAAUUUGAUCUCAGAAAUGUUAAAGUAAUCACUAAACGUCGCAAGAAACCUGCCGCUCACGGCCCACCAACCAAAAAAAGGCGAUCAGUUGUUAGAAAAUCUGCAAAGUUUGGAUCGAGUGCUUCUCAUAUUUUAAGUACUGAAACAGGUUUAUAUGAUUCAAUCGAUCCAAUGCAAACAGAUGCUAGAGCAAGUUCAAAUGAUGAAAAUUGCUCGGAUGAUGAUCAACGACUCGUUAUUGCAUAUGAUUCAGAUGAGCUUUGA